UCUCGCUGCUGCAUCUGCCAGUUCCACUCUCUCCCCCCUGCUCCUCCCACUGAAUCAUUCGUCUUUUGAUUAUUUUUCAUCUCCUCCAUCGCUCUCCUCUCGAGGCAAAAAGACCAGACUUGACUCUCCUGCCUCCUCCUCCUCACUCCCUCCCUCGCCGUCCAAUCCCCUCUUACUCCAGCCAGCUCCUCCCUCUCCUUUCUCCAGCCAAACCCCUUGAAGGCAAUGCCGGCUCUAGUGUGCCGCUGCAGGCCAUUGGCCAUGGCGGUGCUGCUACUCAUUGCUUCACUUUGUCAUCUGGGUUCUUGCAAUGGAGGAGGAGGAGGAGGCGGAGGCAGGAUCACGAGGCUCCCUGGGCAGCCCGAGGUGAACUUUGGUCAGUACUCGGGCUACGUCGAGGUGGACGGCAAGGGGAGCAGGGCUCUCUUCUACUACUUCGUGGAGGCGGAGCUUGAUCCCGCCACCAAGCCCCUCGUGCUCUGGCUCAACGGAGGACCUGGGUGUUCUUCACUUGGUGUAGGGGCCUUCUCAGAGAACGGCCCUUUCAGGCCCAGCGGGCAGGCGCUGGUGAGGAAUGAGUACAGCUGGAACAAAGAAGCUAAUGUGAUUUACCUGGAGACACCAGCUGGUGUUGGCUUCUCCUACUCUGCUGAUGCUGCCUACUACCAGGGUGUGAAUGACAACAUGACAGCAAUGGACAAUAUGGUGUUCAUGCAAAGGUGGCUUGAAAAGUUCCCACAGUACAAGGGCAGAGAGCUAUACAUUUCUGGAGAGAGUUAUGCCGGGCACUACAUUCCACAACUUGCCGAGGUCAUGGUUGAGUUCAAUAAGAAGGACAACAUCUUCAACCUCAAAGGGCUUGCUUUGGGCAAUCCUGUUCUUCAUUUCACCACUGACUUCAACUCGAGGGCAGAGUACUUCUGGUCUCAUGGCCUCAUUUCAGACUCAACAUACAGGAUUUUCACGUCUGUUUGCAACUACUCCCGCUACGUCAGCGAGUACUAUGGUGGAGCGCUUAGCCCGCUUUGCGCGAGGGUGAUGAACCAAGUAACCCGAGAGACUAGCCGGUUCGUUGACAAGUACGAUGUUACCCUCGACGUCUGCUUGUCUUCAGUGCUCUCUCAGUCAAUGAUCCUCUCCCCCCAUAAGCGUGUUGGGCACCGCAUCGACGUCUGUGUGGAGGACGAGACGGUAAACUACUUGAACAGGAAGGAUGUCCAGGAAGCGCUCCAUGCGAAGCUCAUCGGCGUAAAAAAAUGGGCAGUUUGCAGCAGUGUUCUUGAGUAUGAGCUCCUCAACUUGCAGAUUCCAACAAUCAACAUAGUGGGAUCACUGGUCAACUCCGGCAUCAGAGUACUAGUUUACAGUGGCGAUCAAGACUCGGUGAUCCCUCUAACGGGUAGCAGGACACUAGUGCAGAAUCUAGCGCGCGAUCUAGGCCUCAAGACGAGCAUUCCGUAUCGAGUUUGGUUCGAAGGGAAGCAGGUUGGUGGGUGGACUCAGGUAUACGGUGACAAGCUCUCCUUCGCCACCAUCAGAGGGGCCUCACAUGAGGCGCCAUUCUCGCAGCCCGAACGCUCUCUUGUGCUUAUCAGGGCAUUCCUACAAGGCAGGCCUCUGCCGGAAACCUUCUCAUGAUAGUGAAUGUUGCCUCUGCAGCUAUGAAAAGAGUUGCUAGUCCUGAUUAAUUCUGCAAGGGGUUUAGUUAUGUAAGAAUGUGUUUGCUUUGUUCUUCAUGUUCCUAGCUGUCUGAAGCUGCGGUAGUUGCAUUGCUCUAAAGGUUUUGGUCUCUCUUUCUCCUGUAUUCAAGGCUUGGUAAUUGUUCAAAAAAGUUCCAGCCAGUUCUUUUUGUGCCCUUGUAUGUAAA